AUGGCAUUUUACCAGUCGGAAAAAAAAAGCAGGCAAAGCAGUUCAGCCCAAAAUAUUGAGGAAGGAACCAACAACUUAUGCAACCCCAAAGCGAGCAUAUUACAAGGCGAAGAGGAAGUUACACGGAAGGCGACUUGGAGCAAUGCUCACCAUGCGUUAAAAGUAAAAAACGAAAGCGAAAGCCAGGGGGGAAGUCGCAACCGAAGUCGAAGCGAAGGUCAAACGGCAGGUCAAGAGGCAGAUCAAGUAGCAGGUCGAAGCCGCAGCUCAAGCCGAAACCUAAGCCAGAAGUACCCCCUCAUUGACACCGGUUCUCCGGCAGACGAAGCUACCAGCACGGUCCCCCCCGAUUCGAAGGAAGGCCCAAGUGAAGUAGCGAACUCGUGUGGCAGCACGUGUAGCGUCCCCGCUCAUGAAAAGUUAAGCGACAGGGUGGGAGAUACGCUAGGAGACAGAAAAGUCGACAAACCGCUCAACCUGCCGAAUAAUAAACCGGGAGAAAAGGCAGUUUCUCAACUGCUAGUCCACCCACCCGUCCAAUUGCCAACCCGCCAAACCAUGAACUGCUACCAGAGUGAUGCGAAAAAAAACUACCUCAUGAGGCAGGCUGUAUUUUUCACGCCCAAAAAAAACUGCGUAAUCGUAAGUAAUGAAAAAAAGGAAAUUGGGAACAGAAUCGGCCCAAAUGGGAAUGACGAGCAUGCCUUGAAUAGCACUUUGCACAAAAAUGGUUCUUGGGUGGGAAGCUCUGAUCAGAGGAAAGCGGAGAGUUCUGGUGGGACCAUUUGGAAGAGCAAAGACACUGUGUUGUCUUUCAAUAGUGAUAAGCAUGGCGUUAACCAUAGCAACGUCAAUUUGAACACGGCGCCUGUGUCCUUCUCGCAAAACUUUGGCGUGACGGAGAAUGCCAUCGCGGGGGGACACUACGCGGCGUGUGCGGGACAGUAUGGCAACGGCGUGGGGGAGUACACCGUUGGGGGGACGGAAUACGGUGGAGGAGGUGCGGGGGAGUUCCCCUUCUGCAAUGCAAACAACUGUUGCAGUGUGAGCAGCAGCCUGACCCUGCAAGGAAACAACUUCAACAGUCCCACCAGCAUAGGUAACGUGAACUUUCUCCAAAAUGGAAGCAGCAUGAGUGGUAAGGUGACAGCAGCGGCAGUGGUAGCCGGAGGGGGGGGAAAUAACAAUGAAGGCAGUCUGGAAUACCUGAAUAUAUCAUCCCAAUGUUUCACGGAAAAGAAGAAAGACAUCGUGUACUUGUUUCAAGAGCUCCUAAGUUAUUGCGAGUGCUUAAAAAGGAACAGGAAAAAAAGCACCGAGGAGAUUAAUAAAAUACGAAUUAGCUACAACAAAGUUUCGGAUUUGCUAAAGGAAACAUUGAAGAGGGAAAAAAACAGCCACAUAAAAAUUGAGGAGCUGAGGAAUAUUAUCAUUACAUAUGACGAGAAAUUGGACCGAGUUAAAAAUAGCUCCGAAGGGACGAUAUCAAAUUUAAAUAAAAAUGUACAAACGUUAAUUGACUUAAACAACAAUCUCGAAAUGGAAAUGAAUAAAGUUGCAAAUGAAAAUCAACAGUUGAGGAAAAUUGCACAAAACGAAUUUAACCUGAACAAAGAAAUUAAUGAGUUAAGAAAUCAGAUUGAAAUUUUAAACAACGAGAAAGUUGUUCUUGUAAAUCAAAUUGAUGGACUUCGGUUGGAAAACUCGAAAAUUGAAAAUGAGAAAAAUGUCCUCCUCAGCGAUAAGACAUUAUUACACUGUAAAAUUGAUGAACUUGAAAAUGGGCUGAAAAAUAAAAAUAAAAAAAAUAUAUUUAAUCAAGCAAAUGGGAUUGGACAGGAGAGUAAUCCAUUUAUAAUAAACUCAGACGAAGAAAUAAAUCAGCAGGUGAACAACUACCUAAAUUUGAACCAUGAACAGCGGACGGAACUGUUCAAGAAUUUCCUCUAUCACUGGCGCGAGACAAAUAAGGCCGGUCAGAAGUUUUACGAGCAAUCCUGCGUCGCCGGCGCGCCGCUCUAA